CCCCUGGAUCUCAUUCUGCGCUGAUUUCGGUAACUGGUCUCGUUUCCCCCUGGAGCUGGCUUCCGUGGACCAUAUUAUCUUCCGCUGAAUAGGCUUAAAGAAAGCUAUGGCUUCGUGGCUGCCAUCGCCCUCAGCAGCGCGACACAUUUUCUACGGCAUCCUCAUCGGGGUCUCACUUUCCUUUUCUUCGACAUCCCUCGCCCUUUACUACCACAACAAACGGCGUGAAGACGCCGAGAAGGCAGUUGAGUCCGUACCGAGACCUAUCGAGCUCCGAAGCGAUGAGAUCCUCGACGGAGUAACAGGCCUCAUAGGUCAUACACCCCUGAUUAGGAUCAACUCUCUGAGUGAUGCUUUGGGCGUAGAGAUUCUUGGAAAGGCGGAGUACUUAAACCCGGGAGGAAGUGUGAAAGACCGUGUUGCAUUGCGAAUGAUCGAGGAUGCAGAGCAACAAGGCCUUCUUCAUCCUUACACUGGUUCACGCAUAUUCGAGGGGACCGUUGGCUCUACCGGAAUCUCAAUAGCCACAAUUGCGAAGGCCAGAGGAUAUGACGCCACUAUCAUUAUGCCGGAUGAUGUCGCUAUUGAGAAGGUGCAUGCCCUGCAAGCGUUAGGUGCCGACAUCGAAAGGGUCCGACCCGCCAGCAUUGUAGACAAGAAACAGUACGUAAACCUCGCUCGCGAGUAUGCUCUGCACUUUACGACUGCAAAAGCCGCGGAGCACGCGCAUACGCUGGGAGCCCACCCGCAAGCUAUCAAACACACUUAUUCGUCUGUCGUGGUUACCACCGCUGACACGAAUGGUGUCGCCAAUGGAAACGGAAACGCGCUGAGCAGCAAGGAUAACUUAAAGGCCGAAGAGGAUCUGAGGACGAAACCCCGCGGCUUCUUCGCGGAUCAAUUCGAGAACCGAAGCAACUUCGAUGCCCAUUUCUGCGGAACAGGCCCAGAGAUCUGGAGACAGACCAAUGGCGACCUUACUGCCUUUGUGGCUGGCGCUGGCACUGGCGGGACCAUAGCUGGCACGGGUCAAUUUCUGAAGUCAAUGAACGAAGACGUCUCCAUCGCGCUCGCUGACCCCGAGGGUAGCGGGCUCUAUAAUAAGGUCAUGCACGGGGUAAUGUACGACAGGAAAGAGAGCGAGGGCACCAAGCGGAGACAUCAAGUGGACACCGUGGUCGAGGGCAUUGGUAUCAAUCGCCUGACGAAGAACAUCGAGCUGGCGCUGCCUAUCAUCAACGAUGCUUUCCGAAUAACGGACGCCGAGGCUGUCUCAAUGUCUCGAUUCCUCGUUCAGCGCGACGGUCUGUUCUUGGGCUCUAGCAGCGCUUGUAACCUUGUUGCGUGCAUCAAGCUCGUGAAGAAGAUGGGCUGGAACAAUGGAGAAAAGAUCGUCACUGUCCUUUGCGAUUCUGGAAACCGACAUUACUCGAAGGGCAGGAAUGACGAAUACCUCAAUAAUGCAAUGAUUCCCGUCGACACAGGCAUCAUCCAAGACCUGCUCACUCAACCAUUCCCGCCCAUGUCGUCCAUUACGAAGAUAUGAUCUCUAGCGCCUAGUCGACUUCUGCUAUCUGCACUACAUGUUCCGUACCAUGUACUUACAGCUGCGCGGAAAGCACGGACAAUAAUCACCCUGCAUCCCUUUUAUC